AUGGGAAAUAAAAACGACAAAAAACGCAAUAGUAUCACUGAUAAAAUGCCUGUACGUGAACUACCAACAUCAAGUUCUUAUAAAUGGCAAAUAAUUGAUCUUGAUGAUGUUGUUGAAUCAUGGGUUUGGACAAUGAUGGAGGCAACAAAGACUAGACAAACGUCACAAUACAAAAGAGAAGAAUUAAUUAUUAAUAUUAAUUGGAAACGAGUACAAUUCACGCAAAGUGAAGCUGAAUUUCAUGGUGCACCACCAAUAAAAUUACCAAAAUCACAAACAUUAUUCAAAACAACUUUUGCAAAUAAAACAGAGACUGAUCAAGUAUACUCAUUUAAAACUCAACGACGAACAAUAUCGACAUUUUGUUUCACAUUUAAUCAAGGUUUUUGUAAAUCUCAAGAAGGUGCUGUAGUAUUUCGUCUACCGGAACAAAUUGUCGAAGUUGGAGGUGGAAUUAAACGUGAACAAAGGAUUGAAUAUGGUCAAGAUAAAACAAAUGAACAAGAAAUGUUAUGGUGUGUUGACAAUGUUGUCAAAGUUCCACCAAGAACAAAAGCAUUUGCCGAAUUGUAUAUUAAUGAAGAACAAUACAAUGGUGAUUUUAGUGUUGAAGUUCGCUUUUCUGGACGCAUAACGGCAACAAUUUCUACGCGAACUAAUCCAAAUAAUUAUAUUAAAUAUAUGGAAGGCGAUAUUGUCAACAUUGUCCGAGAUUAUAUUCAAGGUCAGAAUAGUAAUCGCGGUUUUGAAAUUGUUGAUAAUUGGCAAGUUAAAUACAUUAUGCGUGGAAAAGUUCAAUUUCGAUAUGGUAUUGAACAACAUGUGACAUUGAACCAAGAGCCAAUGGACUUGGUACCAUAUCAACAACAACAUCAUAUUAAUGUGCCUUUUCCAUCUUAUUCUUCAACAGCAACUCAUAUACCAAUUAAACAAUAUAUACCUACUCUAUCUGGACCAACACAUUAUACACCUGAAUAUCGUCCAUUACGAACACACUUAACACCCUUACCAAGUUCAGAUUCUCAUGUUUUACAUUCUGAUGAUCGCUCAUGA